UGGGGUGGGAUUCCCGGUGCCAAGAUGACGGAGCGCUAUGACUGCCACUACUGUAAGGAAUCCCUGUUUGGUAAGAAGUACGUCCUGAGAGAGGAGAACCCAUACUGUGUCAAAUGUUACGAGAGCCUGUACUCCAAUACCUGUGAGGACUGCAAGAAACCCAUCGGCUGCAACACCAGGGUAUAACACACACACGCACAAACUACUAUCACUGUCUAAUUUUUUACCCUCCAUCCAAGAACAUUGUCAAAGCGUGCUGUCUGAUGUUCAGAUUCUGAUUGUCUCUCUGUUGUCUCCGUAGGACCUGUCCUACAAGGACCGCCACUGGCAUGAGGAGUGUUUCCAGUGCUUCCAGUGUAAACGCGCUCUGGUGGACAAGCCCUUCUCCACCAAGGAUGACCAGCUGCUCUGCACUGAGUGCUACUCCAACGAGUACUCCUCCAAGUGCCACGAGUGCAAGAAGACCAUCAUGCCUGGUGAGAACAUACACCUAGAUCCAUCUAAUCUAUACUAGACACACACAAAAGACAUGCAUGCACGUGGUCAUGCACACACACACAGGCAUGUACACGGACUACUCUUGCACUAUCACAGAUUACACAAACCUUCAAUGGUUGCAGACAAAAUGUAGAUCUGUCAAAAUACCAAUAAACACUGCCCCUUAUGACAUUAUCAUCUAUUUUAUGUUAUAAUGCUCCAUAAAGAUAUUCAAAAUUAAAUCAUCUUUAUCAGAGCAGCCCUGAAAUUUGUUGAUUUGUUUGAACCAGCGUCCAUUUAGUAAUGUCAUUAUUAUCAUUAUUACACACACACACACACACACACAGUCAUCGUUGUCGUAGUAUGCGAAUAGCCAGGACUAAACUCAAACGCUGUUGGAUGAUUCUAACUAAUCUACAUGUCUUUGAAUGUCCUCAUUCACAUAAGCCCUUGGGAUGGUGCUUCUCCCAGACAGUCAGUGUAACUAUACUCUGGUGAGGUCUGGGGUGCAGCAGAGCCGGAACACUGACUGUAGAUCUAAAUGAACUCCAGACCUCCUUGAACAUAACAAUGCCUCUCUGUCCCCACUCUGUUUCUAUACAAAGACCACCACGCAGUUUUUAGAGAGCAAUUCUGAGUUGGCGGACAGUGAGGGAAUGUGUGUGUAACCCAAGGACUAGUAGUGUGUGUAUGUCCUCUUUCUCACUCUCCAUCCUUUAUCCUUUCCCAAUUUCCCCUUAUUAAUCUACCUCUCUCUCUCCAUCCCUCUCUAAUUCCCUCAUCCUCCCUCCUUCCUUCCCUCCAUCCCUCCCUCCCUUGCUCCAUCUCCUUCAUGCAGGCUCCAGGAAGAUGGAGCAUAAGGGUAACAGCUGGCAUGAGACCUGCUUCACCUGCCAGCGUUGCCAGCAGCCCAUCGGCACCAAGAGCUUCAUCCCCAAAGAGAACCAUAACUUCUGUGUGCCCUGCUACGAGAAGCAGUUUGCCAUGCAGUGUGUGCAUUGCAAGAAAGUAGGUCAAGGGUCAUGACAGUGUAAAUACUGUAGUGUUUCUUCCUCAAUUUUUCUGACCUCUAAAGUGGUGUAUACAACAUAGAAAACAGGGCUCUUUGGACAUCUUCUGAAAGUCUGGCUGUGUCUGGCUAUAGGAAUAUUGAGUAGCACUUGAUAUGUAUAUACAUGUUCUCAGUAUCUAUAUAAGUGGCAAUUUAUUAAAUGGAUUGCUGCAACCGCUAAGAUCUGGUAUCUGGAUGGCAGCACUUGGUGUGUGUGCGCGUGUGUAUGUGCGUACUUGUGUGCACACGUAUGUGUGUGCAUGGUGGAAUGUGUGCCUGUAUGCCUAACCCUUUCUCUCCCCAUUUAAAUAGCCCAUCACUACUGGUGGGGUGACCUAUCGCGACCAGCCCUGGCAUAAGGACUGCUUCCUGUGCACCGGCUGCAAGCAGCAGCUAUCUGGCCAGCGGUUCACCUCCCGUGACGACUUUGCCUACUGCCUCAACUGUUUCUGCAACCUGUAUGCCAAGAAGUGUGCCUCCUGCACCACCCCCAUCAGCGGUAAACUAUCUAUCUAUCUGGGUGUGUUCCAGAUACACGUUUUCUUAUCAGGUCAUGCACAGAUCAUCAGAUUUUUACAACAUGUGGAAUAGUGCUUAGUGUAUCAGGAACUACACUAACAUGAUAGCACGAUGCAACAAUCUGUGCAGACCUGUGGUGAGACUGUGUGUACCCGAACGCAGCCUGUGUGUAUCUAACAGAGAGUCAGUCAGUCAAUUAGAUGCUCACUCACAUCACGCCGUACACUGUGGCCCUGUUUGAUUCCUUACGGUCUCCUUUCCUCCCUCCCCAAUCACUGAUCUAUGUAAUUUGAUGAGAAAAAGCAAGGUACAGUAUAUAUGUCCUACUGUUUCCUCCACUCUGAUCUGUGACAACCUCAAUGAAGGAUGCAUUUAUGUUUUAGGAUGCAGAGACCUCUCUCACCUUUGGAUAACAGUAUGUUUUGAUCUCUCCCCGUCUCUCUCAGGUCUGGGUGGCAGUAAGUACAUCUCCUUUGAAGAGCGCCAGUGGCACAACGACUGCUUCAACUGUAGGAAGUGCUCCGUCUCCCUGGUGGGCCGGGGUUUCCUCACUGAGCGUGACGACAUCCUGUGCCCUGAGUGCGGCAAAGACAUCUGA